UGCGGCACCGCCACUCACACGCUCUCACGAACGCGAGUGUCUUACACGCGCACGGACGUCGGAGAGACGGAGACGGAGCCAAAUAGAGACAUCAGAUGGAGAAGGCGGCUUCGAAAAUCGAAAGCCCAAUACACGAAGAAAGUACAUGCGAGCGCUAAAGCUCGCAAGUUAUUAAAGCCAGCUUCUCUUCUUCUCCUCAAUCGAAAUUCGUUUCAGCGAAUAUUAGUUUUUUUUUUUUUUCCUUUGUUCUUCUUCUUGAUUGGUGAAUUCGUAUUAUUUUACUCCGUUUUCGUUCAAGGAAACCGAGAAACAGUUUUGAAGAAAUAUUCAGAUCGGUUGCCUCGGUUUUGCUUCUCCCUCGCCUGAAUCUGAUGGAGCAGCUGAUCAACUUCAUCAUACGCCCCCCCAGAGCUGAAUAUGACCCUAACAAUGAUUUACUAGAAGAUGAGUUCACACUAAGAGGAAAAUUGUAUCAAAGGAAGGAUCUGAAGGUUAAAAACAGUCGAGGAGAUGUACUUCAAUGUAGUCAUUACUUGCCUAUUGUUAGUCCCGAAGGGAAGCCUCUACCCUGUGUAAUUUACUGCCAUGGUAACAGUGGUUGUCGAGCCGAUGCUAGUGAGGCUGCCAUAAUAUUACUGCCUUCUAACAUCACUGUGUUUGCUCUUGAUUUCUCUGGUUCUGGUAUCUCUGGGGGCGAGCACGUAACUUUGGGGUGGAAUGAAAAGGAUGAUCUGAAAGCUGUGGUUGAAUAUUUGCGGGCAGAUGGACAUGUCUCAUUAAUAGGCCUAUGGGGCCGUUCUAUGGGCGCUGUCACCAGCCUAAUGUAUGGGGCUGAGGAUCCUUCAAUUGCAGGAAUGGUUCUCGACAGCCCUUUCUCUGAUCUGGUUGAGCUAAUGAUGGAACUCGUCGAAACCUAUAAGUUUCGUUUACCUAAGUUCACGGUGAAGUUUGCUAUUCAAUACAUGCGGAGAGCAAUCCAGAAGAAGGCAAAAUUUGACAUAAUGGACCUGAACACCAUUAAGGUGGCAAAAGCUUGCUUUGUACCAGUGCUACUUGGGCACGCCAUUGAUGAUGAUUUUAUACGACCUCAUCACUCAGACCUUAUAUAUGAUGCUUAUGUGGGGGAUAAAAACAUUAUCAAGUUUGAUGGUGAUCACAAUUCUCCACGCCCUCAAUUUUACUUUGAUUCUAUAAAUAUCUUCUUCCACAAUGUUUUGCAACCCCCGGAGGAUGAAAUAGGGGAUAUUUAUAUCAACAGCAUGCCGUCCUACUUUAGUAACAAGGAUUAUUGGAGAGUGGUGCAAGAAGUGGGCCCUAAUCAUGGUUCUUCCACAACAUCGAGAGAUAUACCAACUAAUAGUAGUAGUAGUACAGAAGGUGCCAUUAAAGAACUCCGUUCAAAAAGAUCUAUGAGUCGGACAGAGAUUCCUCCCGAUCUUCCCUCCGGAGAUAAUCAAUUGGACGCUCAGGAUCAGAAUACGGAUAAUGAUGCUGACUUGUCCUCUUCGAAUAUGAUUAGUUUCGAAUUGUCUAAUGGCCAUCCUUAUGGACCCAACGUACCGAAUUUGAUGGAUGACGAUCAAUAUGUAGAGUAUCCACUUGAUGACUUGGCAGGAUUCCCGUGCAGUGCAGAAGAGGAAGAAAGGAUGCUCAUGGAAGCAGUGAUGGAAUCAUUGAAGGAUUUCAAAAUGAAAACCGCCCAGGAAGAGAAGCAAGCAUCAAGUGUUUGUCCCGACAUGGAAGAUGUUUCGCAGAAAGCUGAAUGUGGAGCUUCGCAAAUAGAGCAUUGUGGACUUCUAUAUUCAGAAGCCACCUCCACUUCAAGUGACCAAUUUUCUCAGUGUAAAGCAGAAUCUGCUUCAACUUCAGAAGAGUACAGUAUUCCGGCUAAACCAGAGUCUACUUCAGUUGCUAGAGAUCUGAAUUCGGUAUCCGAUCGCUCGUGUUCAGACGGAAGUGAAUCAUCUGUGGGGGCUGCAUCUUAUGCUCUUCCUUCCACUGCUGGAACUGGAAGUGCAGGGGCUUCCUCUUGUAGUAAUACACCUGCAAAUAGCCAAAGUUCAGCUGAAGCUGAUUUGUCAGCCAAUACGAAGGCAACCGUAACCGUUGUUCGUACUCCCGCAGGCCAUAUUAUGGAUGGUCUGAUUCGCCGUUGGGAUCUCAAUUUCUUCAGAAACAAUCAGAACCGAUGAGCUGCGGUUUUCUUCUUGUGUUUUUUUUUUAACCCCCUUGCUCCCGUGGAAUGUGUGCAAUCUGAUAUUUGUAUUGCUUUGUAACUAUGAAAGUUGCUUUGAUGUUAGUUUGUAAAAAUAUUAGACCCAGAAAAGGAAAAAAGGUCAAAGAAAAGGAAGACUUGUUUUAAGAGUGUCAAAAGUAUUGAAUGUAGCCAUUUUUUUCCCCCACAAACAUUUUAUACCAAUAUUUGGUACAUGAUGUUCAU